CUGCACCGUCUUGCUGCUCGUAGACAACACCUCACAGUCCUUGAGCUUACACAUCAAGACAUGUCGUCCUCUACUCACGUGAGCAAGAAGUCUCCCACAGACAGUCUCGACGAAUCCAAGCGCACGUCGCAUGGCUUCUCUAGGACCGAUAGUCCCUCUACAAAGACACUACGACUCGCAACGGCACUCUGGCCACAAACGCCAUUGCGCGACGCCACAUGGAACAACAUCACGGCACAUGCACGUUACUUGAUGGAAACACACCAGAUUCUGGUUGAUGCGCAAGGCAGGACGAAGGUCCAGACGGUCAUUCACAAGUUGGAAAAGGCUUUCCCUAUCCUGGAACGAGCUCAUGGACAUUGGAUUGCCUUGAUUAUCUCGCGCAAAGCGAAAGUCUACAGAGAGAAGACUACUGCUGCUGCUCCCCAAGACGAUGACCUCAACGACGCGCACGACGUUGUCCAUGGGGCGUCGUCUGCUCGCGUCGAUGACGAGAACAUUCGCUGCGAGAUACCCGCUUCCGUCCCCUUUGAAGACGAUGAUAUUGACGAGACUGCAUCGAGAGUUUUGCAGCCAACUUCUUCUCAGCACAAUGUGAGCCUAUUAUGCGGAGGAAACAUUGGCUAAUAGCAUCAAGCAGACAAGAAUGCGCAUGUUUCCAAGAAGUCAAGCAAAGAUCGAUCCACCUCCUCGUCUCGCAAGGUAUGCACUUCUGCUACUCCUACCAUGACUUACUAACGAUGUAUUUCUAGUCUUAAAAAAACAUCAAAGCUAUCACGCAGAGCACAGGACGCUGAGCAGGGCAGCGCUACUAUGACCAAGGCCAAGACAGCAGCAUCACAAGCACAAAAGGCGCGCAAGUCUGCCAAGAAGGCCAAGAAAACGGCA